GUGACACUCAUAUGGAGAGAGUUGACCAUCUUUUAUAGUAUAAAUUAAAUUGGUUAAUGAUUUCCACUAAACUGGACAUAUUUAUUAUAUUAAAAAAUAAAAUCUUAUUAUCUCAUUAUCUUUUGUACUUCAAUGUAAAAUGACACGUGGCAAUUAGGAAUUGGCUACUAUAGAUUGCCUUUUUUUUUGUUUGCCGGCGGUCAGAAAAUUGGUUCUUUGAAUUCACACAUCUUUUUUCACCAGUUGUGUUGACUUAACUUCACAGUUGACACAUUAUCUUCGGAUGGAUCUUUAGCAGAGUUUUGAACAAACUCUAAAAAAAGACAUCGCCAAUUUUUUGUACAGAUCAGUUGGAAGAUAAGCGAUCUCCAGGAGGAGACUUAUGGCCGAGACACUUUUGUCUUUUGGAGUUGAGACGCUUUGGGACCUCCUUGUCCGAGAAUCUGAGCGACUUCAGGGAGUUGAUGGGCAAUUCAAUGAAUUAAAGAGUGAUCUAAAUAUGUUAAGGUGCUUUUUGGAAGAUGCAGAUGCCAAGAAACAUACAAGUGCAAUGGUCAGAAACACUGUGAAAGAGAUCAAAGAAAUUGUUUAUGACGCCGAAGAUAUAAUCGAAAUCUUUCUCCUAAAGGAAGAACUGGGAAAAACAAGUAGCUCCAUGAACAGUGUGAGAAGAUUUCCUAGGGUUAUUGUGAAUCGCAUUGGGCUUGCUUUCGAUAUGAAAGCCAUAAGAUAUAGGAUCUCUAAGGUGAUCCGUGAUAUGCAGAGUCUUGGGGUACAACAGGUCAUUGUCAAUGAAAGGUAUACACAGUCUCAAGAGGAGAGACAAAGGGAAAUGCGACAAACGUUUUCUAGCGACAAUGAAGACCAUCUUGUGGGGUUGGAGAAGAAUGUUGAGCAAUUGGUUGGCUAUUUGGUGGAGGAAGAUAAUAGUCAAGUGGUUUCUAUAACCGGGAUGGGCGGUAUUGGUAAAACAACCCUCGCAAGAGAGGUUUUUAAUCAUGAGACUAUAAAAAAUCAUUUUGAAGGACUCGCGUGGGUAUGUGUUUCACAACGGUUUACAAGGGAGUAUGUGUGGCAGACGACAUUGCGGAAAGUCUGGCCAGAAUAUAAGGUGUUAGAGAUGACAGAAGACGAACUCCAAGAAGAACUUGUUCGGCUCUUGGGAACACAAAAGACUUUGAUUGUCCUUGAUGAUAUAUGGAGAGAAGGAGAUUGGGACAUAAUAAAACCAAUGUUUCCACGAGAAAAAAGUGACAUCUUAUGGUUGGAAGGUACUACUUACUUCUCGCAACGAGGGUGUGGCAUUACGAGCAGAUCCAAAAUGUUUCACUUUUAAACCAGAGUGUCUUACUAUCGAUGAAUGUUGGACAAUUUUUGGAAGGAUAGCAUUUCCUAGAAAUGAAAUGACCGAAUUUAAGGUUGAAGAAAUGGAAGAGUUGGGUAAGCAGAUGAUCAAACAUUGUGGAGGACUACCGCUGGCCGUAAAACUGUUAGGAGGUUUGUUAGCUGCGCAAUACACAUUGCAUCAAUGGAAAAGGAUAUAUGAGAAUAUUGGAUCUCACAUCGUUGGAGGUACUAAUUUAAAUGGCGACAGCAACAGUUUGGUUUAUCAUGUAUUAUCUCUGAGCUUUGAAGAAUUGCCUAGUCGUCUGAAGCAUUGCUUCCUCUACCUCGCCCACUUUCCAGAAAAUUAUCCAAUAGAUGUGGAAAAUUUGUCCUACUACUUGGCUGCAGAAAGAAUACCAAAACCAGAGUAUUAUGAAAGAGCAAGCAUUCGAGAUGUGGCGGAUGGCUACAUAGAAGAGUUGGUUAAAAGAAAUAUGGUUAUGUCAGAAAGAGAUGGUAGGACUUUGAGAUUUGAAAAAUGUCACUUGCAUGACAUGAUGAGAGAAGUUUGUCUUCGUAAAGCCAAAGAAGAGAAUUUCUUACAGAUUGUUAACGACACCUCAACUGCAAACUCUAAAUCUCCUAGUAAAUCUCGCAGACUCGCUUUACACCGGCUUGAUACAACAACUUUUAAUGUGGAGAAGAUGGAUAAUCCAAAACUUAGAUCUCUAUUGGUUAUCUUGAAGGACAGAAGAACAGAUUGGAUGGCAUUAGGUUUAUGCUUCACAGGGCUAAAGUUGAUGAGGGUUCUAGAUCUCUCUAGAGCCCAUUUUGAAGGAGGGAAGUUACCUUCUAGCAUCGGGGAUCUCAUUCACUUGAAGUACUUGAGUUUAUAUAUGGCUCAUGUAACUCAUCUACCUUCUUCUAUGCGGAAACUGAAGCUACUGCUCUAUUUAAACUUGUGUAUAGCUGAGAGAUGUUCAAUCUACAUGCCCAAUUUCUUGAAAAGGAUGCGAGAGUUGAGAAACCUCUUUCUUCCUUUGAGAAUACAUGAUAAGGUAAAGAUGAAACUGGGUAAUUUAGUCAACCUGGAGACAUUGGAAAAUUUCUCAACAGAACAUGGGAGUGUGAGGGAUCUACAGGGUAUGACACGUCUCAAAGCACUCUCUAUCUCAUUCAACGGCAAAGGGUGUACAAUGGAGAAUCUAUCUUCAUCACUAAGUGGAUUGGAACACUUGGAAAAUCUGACUAUAUAUGAUAAUUACAAGUUGUAUGCUCCCACAAAUGACGAAGAAGGGUUUUUUUUUGGAUUGCAUGAAUCUCAAGCAACUCAAGAUGAGUAUAUAUAUGCCAAGGUUACCUGAUGCGCAACGCUUCCCUUCUCACAUCACAAGCAUAACUCUAAGCGGCUGUUGUUUAGAGGAGGAUCCGAUGCCGAUUCUAGAGAAGCUUCUUCCUCUAUAUGAAGUUAGUUUAUUGAAUAAAUCUUUCUGCGGGAGAAGCAUGGUUUGCUCGCCCGGUGGGUUUCCUCAGUUGCAGAAGCUAAAUCUUGUAGGACUAGAUGAGUGGGAAGAGUGGACAGUAGAAGAAGGCUCCAUGUCUCUUCUUCAUACUCUAACUAUUCGUAAUUGUCGAAGGUUAACAGAGAUUCCAGAUGGGAUGAGGUUCAUCACUUCCUUGGAAGAACUGGAUAUGAACACACAUACAUUUGAGUUUUGGAAGAAAUUGUCCAGAGAUGGAGAAGACUACUACAAAAUCCAACACAUUCCUGUUUUGAAUAUAGUCUAAGUCUCUCUAGUAAUAAACAACCUGCAGAGAAAGAAAUGCCAGCUUCAUUAAAUCAGAUUUAAGCAUCAAUUAUUAAUCCUUAAUUUAAAUAUUACUUUGAUGCACAUAUUGGAUUUGGUAAGAAUGAGGUAAGGUUCCUUCUUGGCUCAGUAGCAAAUUUGUUUUAAUUAGCAUCCUAUUCCUAUCACCAAGUGAUUGUUGCUGGUGCUGAUAGUAACAAUCUAUGUUUCUAUAUAUACUCAUGUUCUCUUGUUUCUGCAGAAAAAUUAUCAAACAAGUGAUUGUAAGACACAAGAUAUUUUUACCAGAGUUAAGAAAAAUGAAUCCCACUAAGCUGGACCAAUUUUAUUGAGUUACAAACCUUUUAUUUUUUGAACCAAAAUGUAAAGUAACACGUCGCAAGUAGGAAGUGGCAACAGUAGAUUGCCGUUAAGACUUUCUAACCAAAUGUUUCACACAUCAUCAUUAACCAAAGGUUUACACAUCUCAAAAUAAGAACAUUCCAUUCUUAAUCAGCAGAGAAACAAUAAUCAUAACGAGACUGAAAAAUUGGUAGAAAUGAUAUAUAUUCCUUGAAGCUAGACAUUUUGAUAGUUAUACCAAGUUAAAAUUAAAAUUGUGUUGAUUUUUUAAGAGAGAUCUAGUACUAGUAGAAUAACCUUUAUUAGUUUGAACUCCUCUCUUCAUAAUCAAAGAAGAGAAAUCAAGAUCUCUCCACGACUGGUUUGUGUUUAAUCCAUAUUAUUCACGUCAAAUCAAACUCUCAGGAGUCUUGCUCUAGUUGUUUCCUCUGUCCAUAGCUUCUGAGUGUUUGAGUUUUUACAUGUUUGCUGCUUCAGAUGAAUUUCUGUUCUUUCUCUUCUAAGGGGAUUUCUUCUUUACAUAUGCAGAGAAGGAAAUCUUUUGCCAAUAUGAAACAUCCAUUAUUAUAACUUGGGUAAUGAUGAUCAGUUUAAAAAUCUAGGGGGUUUACCGAAGUCAACCCAAAUAUAAACCCUCAUUUUUCUUUCUUUGAUAGCUGCUUUUAAGACUUUCUUGCCAAAGAAUUUGGAUUCACACAUCAUUUUCACUACGGUUGGUCGUCGGUCAGUGUUGAGUUGGAGUCAACUCUUAUAAUCGAUCUUUUAGCAAACUGUAAACUAAACACUAAAAUACACCCAUUAUUUAUACAGGUAUGUUGGUGAUUAUUAUUUUUAUUUCUUUAGUUUUCUCUGGAGGAAGCAAUAAUUAAGUCGCCAUUCUUUCAUCCCCAUCAAGUGAAGGAGAAGAUCAUCUCCAUUAUUAACUGCUACUUUCACGCGGAGACUUAUGGCUGAUACACUUUUGUCGUUUGGAGUUCAGAAGCUUUGGGACCUCCUUGCUCGAGAAACUGAUCGAUUUAAGGGAGUUGGUGAGCAACUGACUGAGCUCAAAACUGAUCUAAACUUGCUUAGGUCCUUUUUGAAAGAUGCAGAUGCUAAGAAACAUGCAAGUGCAUUGGUGAGAAACAGUGUGGAAGAGAUUAAGGAAAUAGUUUUUGACGCGGAGGAUGUAAUCGAAACCUUUCUUGUAAAGGACAAACUUGGACGAACAAGUGGGAUCAUGAAGCACACGAGAAGGCUUGCUUUCACUAUAGUGGAUCGGAGGGAACUUGUGUCCGACAUCGAAGGCUUAAGUACGAGGAUCUCCAAGGUGAUCCGAGAUAUGCAGAGUUUUGGGGUGCAACAGAUGAUUGUGGAUGGCAGGUGUUCACAACAUCUUCAAGAAAGACAAAGGGAAUUGAGACACACUUUUCCUAGCGACAAUGAAAGUGUUCUUGUGGGUCUGGAGGAAAACGUGAAGAAAUUGGUUGGUUACUUGGUAGAGGAAGAGAGCAUCCAAGUAGUUUCUAUAAGUGGGAUGGGUGGUAUUGGUAAAACUACCCUGGCUCGACAAGUUUUUAAUCAUGAGAUGGUAAAAAACCAUUUUGAUGGAGUUGUGUGGGUGUGUAUUUCACAACAGUUUACAAGAAAAUACGUGUGGCAGGCGAUCUUACAAAGGCUUAGUUCAAAACAUGAUGAACAUAAAGACUCAGAUAUGACUGAAGAUGAGCUUCAGGAGAAACUCUUUCGACUAUUGGAAACCAGCAAGUCCUUGAUUAUCCUGGAUGAUAUUUGGAAAGAAGAAGAUUGGGAGAGUAUAAAGCCUAUGUUUCCGCCAACAAAAGGAUGGAAGGUACUACUUACUUCUCGCAAUGAGGAUGUUGCAUUACGUGCAGCAUGUGUCACGUUUACACCAAAAUGCCUAACCCCCAAAGAAAGUUGGACACUUUUUCGGAAGAUUGCAUUUUCUAAGAAAUACAAAUCAGAGUUCAAGGUUGAUAUAGAAAAGGAAGAAUUGGGUAAGAAAAUGAUAAAACAUUGUGGAGGACUACCAUUGGCUGUCAAAGUGUUAGGAGGGUUGUUAGCUGCUGAAAACAGGUUAAGUGAGUGGAUAAGAGUUUAUGAGAAUAUUGGAUCUCACCUGGUAGGAAGAACUAGCUUUAAUGACGAAAAUCACAAUUCAGUUCACUAUGUAUUGUCACUAAGCUUUGAAGAGUUGCCUAUUUUCUUGAAGCAUUUUUUCCUCUACCUUGCCAAUUUUCCAGAAGAUUAUCCAAUAGAUGUGGAGAAAUUGUCUUAUUGUUGGGCUGCAGAAGGAAUACCAAAGCCUGACUAUUAUGAAAGAGCAAGCAUUCAAGAUGUUGCAGAUGCCUACAUAGAAGAAUUGGUUAAGAGAAAUAUGGUUAUAUCUGAAAGAGAUGGUAGGACUUCGAGGUUUGAAACUUGUCGCUUGCAUGACAUGAUGAGAGAAGUUUGUCUUUUUAAAGCCAACGAAGAGAAUUUCCUACAAAUUGUUCAUGGUACAUCAACUACAAACUCUAAAUCUCGUAGACUCGCUAUACAUCGGCCUGAUGAAACAUUUAAUGUGGAGAUGGAGGUGAGGAAUCCACGCCUUAGAUCCCUCUUGUUUGUUUGGGGUUCAAACUGGAUGGCAUCGGGUUUAUUAUUUUCCAGGCUACAAUUGAUGAGGGUGUUAGAUCUCUCUCGGGCCAAGUUUGAGGGAGGGAAGUUGCCCUCUAGCAUCGGAAAGCUCAUCCAUUUGAGAUAUUUGAGUUUAUAUAAGGCACAUGUAUCUCGUCUACCUUCUUCUAUGCGGAAUCUGAAGCUGCUGGUUUAUUUAAACCUAUGCUUAUAUGGGAGAUGUCCACUUUAUGUGCCUAAUAUCUUGAAAGGGAUGCAAGAAUUGAGAUAUCUUUCAUUACCGUCAGGGAGAAUGCAUGAUAAGACAAAGUUAGAAUUAGGUAACCUAAUAAACUUGGAGACGUUGAAGUUUUUCUCAACGAAACAUUGCAGUGUGGCAGAUCUUCAAUGUAUGAAAAGGCUAAGGAAUCUGUUAAUCAUAUUCAACGAAGAGGGGUGCACUAUGCAAACACUGUCUUCAUCUCUAAGUGAGUUGAGACACCUGGAAAAUCUUAGUAUAGAUUACAAUCAUUUCAAGGUGUAUGCUCCCAAUAAUGAUGAAGAAGGAUUUGUUUUGGAUUGCAUUCAUCUCAAGCAGCUGGAGUUGGGUAUAUAUAUGCCAAAGUUACCUAAUGAGAAGAAACUUCCUUCUCACCUUACAACCAUAUCUCUAAUUGGUUGUCGCUUGAAAGAGGAUCCAAUGCCGAUUCUAGAAAAGCUGCUUCACUUGAAAGUGGUUGAUUUAGGGAAAAGGUCUUUCUGUGGGAGGAGAAUGGUUUGCUCGAAAGAUGGGUUUCCUCAGUUGCAGAUGCUAUACCUACAUAGACAAGAGGAGUGGGAAGAGUGGCUAGUAGAAGAAGGUUCCAUGCCAUUUCUUCAUACUCUAGAUAUAAGUUAUUGUGCAAAAUUAAAGGAUCUUCCUGAUGGGUUACGAUUCACCACUUCCUUAAAAGAUCUGAGUAUGGGAGAGGAAUGGAAGAAGAGACUUUCGGAAGGAGGAGAAGAUUAUUACAAAGUCCAACACAUCCCUUCGGUUAGAUUUGGAGGGGUAAAGCUUGAAUGAGGCUCUCAACAAUUACAGACUAUGUACAAGGUAUUAUGCUUGUUUUCAGAAUGGUAUUUUUCAGUUACAAUGCUUUCUUUUUACAGAAAAUGAAUGCUUUCUAACUUAAAUCGAUUUUAUUAGAUUUGUUCCCAUUCUUAUGGUUUGUAGUCAUAUCUCUCGAAGAGAAUCUCUUAUUAAAUUGGUCGUAAGUGUAUCCACAUUGUUGUCUUGACUGGUAUCAACUUUGAAUUUAUGUUUGCUUGGUGAUUAUCAGUCAAUUUCCACUUUCUCAGUUGUUGGAAACUAGUAUAUAUCUUUGAUUGUCUUAGACGAUCUAUGGAACAUCACAGCCUAGAAUCCCAUAAAGCCUCUGUUUCCACCAUUUAAAGAAAGAAAGAAAGUGAAUCAUCUCUAAUGUAUGAUAUUUUUCUUGAAAUUCCACUGUCUAGCAACUAAAACAGGACAUUGUAUUGGCCAGAAUUAAUCAUGUUCUUCUAUGUUUGGAAUCAUGAAACAUGAACUAUUUAUCAGGUUGGAAGGUGCUUUUAGCAAUCGGGGGUUCUUGUUUACUUUCAUAUGAAUCCAUGUUUAGUGCUGGAAAUCAUUUUGAUGGAUAAGCAUUUCGUAAGAAAGAUUAUGUGAGUGAGAGAUUUCAGAUCAUUAAGAUGUCAUUUACUAAGUUAGAGAAAGUUUAUAUCAGAUAAUAGAAAUGGUUUUUCAUAUAGAGGAGGAGGAUUAUAUCUCUCUCUAACGGUCAUUUCUUUAAGCGGUUGCACCAUAAUUUGUUUAUUUUACUUUUUGGGGUUUGAGAAAAAGUAUAUAUAAGUUUGAUCUGAUUUUUGUAAAAACUGUUGCGGUC